GUGUAGAUCCGCAGUCUUGCGUAGAACAAAGCGCAUAGGUCCAUGCGCAAAAGCCAUGGCAUUAAUACAAUGUAUACUUGCAGUUGGUGUGAUGCAAGUUGCAAGCACAUUUCGAAGUCCAUUCAAAGAGAUCAUUCUUUUCUGCAUGUGCGUUGGAGUCCUAUGGGGCGGACUCCUUGUUGAGCAGGCCUCAAAGCCGGCCACAGACGGUCCAGGGCCACCAGAAGGUUGGUUCUGGAAAGAAGAAAAAUAUAAGGAGAAGGAUCAAAAGGAUCAGAAGGAAGCUGUAACGCCUAAUUCCAAGAAUAAGGAAAAAAGGAAAGCUGCCAAAGAAGGAGCAGGCGAAGAGGAAGAGGAUGAGGAGACAAUUCGAUUGCAACCAGAGGUGCUCAUGCUUGGAUCAGCCAAAACUGGCAAGUCCUUGGGGGUUGCCUUGGUGCCAGGCAAUCCGGGAAUCCCUCACUACUAUUGUGGCUUUGGUGAGGAACUGCAGAAGUCCUUCGAGGCUGAGGGCCUGGACUCUCCGACGAUCUAUUGCGUUGGUUAUGUGAAUUUUGCCACUCGAGCAGAACGGGUUACCAAAAGACAAAAAGCAGGUCCUGUGUCUGUGGUGGAGGAGUCUGCACGAAUAGCAGAGGUCCUAGAAGAACUACAGGCUUCACAUCCAGAUGGUUUUAUCAUCUUCGGCCACUCGAUUGGAGCUUGGAUGGUUUUGCAGCACUUGAAGUCACGAACGGCAGACGAAGUCCCGUUGGCCGUGCUUGCUAUGCCGUGCUUUGGCAAGUCAUUUUUUGGUUCUUCGAACUGGCAAGACUUUUCAAGACUUUGUCAAUUGUGGCUUUAG